CUGGCUGAACUUGGUCUUCCAGACCUCUGCCUUUUUGUGCAUUUCUACUCAGAAACCUGUGGCAGUCGCACCAGCAGCCUGGAACCUGUAGAACAUGUUCAGUCUGGUCAAGCUGCCUCGCGUCUUCAAUGUACACCAAGUGCCUAAAGCCUUCCAGGAGGACUGUAUUAUCUCUGGGUAUCGUCACCCUCGCAGCUCUGCUACUGAUUGCAUCCUCAGCCUGUUCCAGCUCACCAACGAGACUCUCAAUGUCUGGACGCACUUCUUACCCACCUGGUAUUUUCUGUACAAGCUGUUGACAGUGGUCUUUAUAGAGGAUGUGUGGACCGAUGUGUACACAUGGCCACUGCUUGUGUUCCUGUUGUCCUGCUGCGUGUACCCGCUGGCAUCCAGCUGUGCUCACACCUUCAGCACCAUGUCCACAUGUUCCCGCCACAUCUGCUACUUCUUUGACUAUGGAGCGCUGAGUCUAUACAGCUUGGGUUCAGCUAUUGCCUACUCUGCGUAUGUUGUGCCAGAUGCAUGGGUGAACAGUAUGUUUCACCGAUAUUAUGUUCCUGUGGCGGUAGUCAACACUGUGAUAUCCACUACCAUGGCCUGUUACUCCAGGCUUGGUUUCCCUCCACACUCUAACCAUAACACUGUGAACAGAUUUGCCGAAAGCAAGAGAGCCAGGUUGGGCAAAGUGCUGCGCAUUUUAGCCUUCUCCUACCCCUACCUGUUCGACAACAUUCCUCUCUUCUAUAGGAUCUUCCUGUGUGUGGGAGAAGGCUGCACUGCAAAUGAAGUAAACUCUCUCCACGUUUAUCACACACUCCUGGCUUUCCUCACAGGCUUUCUGUUUGCCACACAUCUGCCCGAGAGGCUGGCACCUGGACGUUUCGACCUAAUAGGCCACAGCCACCAGCUGUUCCAUGUGUGUGGGAUCAUUGGCACACACUUCCAAAUGCAGGCCAUACAGAUGGACAUGGCUCUGAGACGGCCGUGGCUGUAUGUUCACGCUCCUGCCAUUACCUUCAGAGGGACUCUGGGAGCCACCAUGCUGUCCAUUGUCAUUAGCCUGACUAUCAUCUGCCUCUUCAGUUAUCAUCUUUUUCACAGCCCUGUUCAGGGAAACGCAACCCGAAAAGGGUCCGAGGCAGCAAAGAAGAAAUGAAGGCACUAACUAGAGCUCUCUGAGUUCUCACUGGAAGUUUGGAACAGAUCUAAAGCAGGGUUACAACAAACAAGAACAUUUUGGCUCAAAGCAUAAAAAAAUGCACAAGGGAUUUGAGUCAUUUCUGAAAAGUGAAGGAAUAAUCUAGCAGUUUUCAACCUAAUCGUAAUCUACUGUGAAAGUCUGAUCAAGAGUUUUUUUUCUAGUCUGAGAAAAGAAUGGAAAACCUGAUUAUUCAAAACUUACUUAUAACGGAAGUCUAGAGCCAGGUGUGGAGUCAAUGUUUAUAAUAAAACCCAUAUUUUUGUAGGCUGCUUUGAUGAAUUUAACAAAGAUAUUUGUAAAUUAAGCUCUCAAUCUGUAUAAAUCGGCGGUUAAAUAUGGGACUCCCUUUUUAGAAUUUGUCAUUAAUAGCUACGUUGUAGUGGUGAACAGGCAAUACUUCCAUUUCCACCUGAUCAGAUACGGCUGCCACAAAACCUUCGGGACUAUAUUUAUCCUAAGAUCUUUACUGUCAGAGUAACAGGUGGUGUUUUAAAUGUACAUUUGCAUUACACAGGCCCAUAUUUUAAACAUUCAACUGCCCUCAGACUUACAUUAUAAGUGAGUUAUUAUUAUUAUUAUUAUUAUUAAGUUAUUAAGUUAUUUGCAGUGCAGGCAAAUGUCAGAGAUCUUGUGUUUUUGAAUUGCACAUAGACAAAUGUAGUAGCUAGAGAUUAGGCUAAAAACAUUGGAGUAUUCCUUUAAUCAGGUAGGUAGGUAGUUUAUUAGAAUUAUACAAAGUAAUAAGUGAAGUGUGUGUGUGUGUGUAUUUAUAUAAGUAUUUUCUUCACAUGUCUAUGAUUGUAUGAUGCUGCUGAUCAUCUCAGGCCUUGGUGCCUCACACAACGUUUGUGACAUGCAACUAGAAUUCAUGAAGUAUAAGCAAUCUCAGGAGGUAUAACUGAGUGAGGUUUGUGUGUGUAUAUGUGUAUGUAUAUAUGGGCAAAUAUGUGAGUAUGUGUUUUUCAGUUUUUUUUGUGUGUUCAUGUAGUAUAUGAUAUACGGGCUUCACGAAAUGGCAAUGCCACUGUGCACAAAGUGAGCUCCAUGAAGACAUGGUUUGAGGAAACUGGUGUAGAAGAACUCUAGUGUCCUGCACAGAGCCCUGUCCUCAACCCCACUGAACACCUUUGGGAUGAAUUAAACACAGACUACACCCCAGGCCUCCUCGCCCAACAUCAGUGCCUGUCCUCCCUAAUGCUCUUGUGGCUGAAUGAGCACAAAUCCCCACAGCCACGCUCCAGAAUCUAGUGGAAAGCCUUCCCAGAAGAGUGGAGGUUAUUAUAACAGCAAAGGGGGACUAAAUCUGGAAUGGGCUCAACAAGCACAUAUGGGUGUGAUGACCAGGUGUCCACAAACUUUUGGCCAUACAGCAUAUAAUUCUAUAGAGCACAAUAAUGCACAUGGGUGUCCUGUCAAAAGAAUAAAAUAAAACAGUGGUGAGAAGUAUACAGUGGAUAUAUCAUGACUAUUGUUGAUGUUAUGGUGCUAAUUAAAAGCUAAAAACGAAUGA